AUGCUUAAAUGUUUGCUUAUCUCAAAUGUCCAUGUUUGCAACUGCAAGUUGGUGUCCUCCAUCCUUUCCACCCUCUCUCUUCCACGUAUCUCCAUCCUUGCCCCUGACCCUUCUCUCUCUCCUUCCUCCCCCUCUCCUCCUCCCUCUCAGCAUUCUGAUGCUCUCUGUGGCAGCUGCCCGUCCUCUGGCUCUGCCCCACAGGCUAACAGCCUUUGGCCCAGCCUGCAGCCAUCUGGAGCUGGGUUCCCUGCAUGGCCAGGACAGCCCACCCAGCCUGCACCAUGCUGGACUGGCCAGCCAAACACGCCUUGCUGGCCCGGGACACAGCCAGCUCAGGUCUCUGUCCCUGCACCAAUUGCAAUUCCAGCCCCGGCACAAGCCAUAACACCAGCUCCUGCACCAACCACAACCAUAGUCCCAGCUCCAGCUCCAGGGCAGCCCUGCCAGCCUUGCUGGCCAGGUACCCAGUACCAGCUUCCACAGCCACCAGCUCCAAUUCAAGUUCAGGUCCCUGCUCAAGUCCCAGCUUUAACUCCAGUCCCAGUCGCAGCGCCUGCUCCUUCUCCUGCUACCACCAUCCGUCCAAAUGUACCAGGGUGGCCUGCCCACCCUGGCUGGCCUUAUAACCCAGGGCAGUCAGGAUGGCCUGGACAGAAUCCAUCUAUCAUGCCUCCACACUGGCUUCCACCCACAUCUGGACCUCUAAGUGUGCCAUACAACUUGAACCUAGCCCGCGGGGUGUAUGACAAGAUGAUGAUGACCAUCUUGGGCCAUGUGAAACCCAAUGCUAAAAUGUUCACAGUGAACUUUCUGAGAGGCAAUGACAUUGCCUUUCACAUCAACCCUCGCUUCAGUGAGGGGGGCAAACAGGUGGUGGUCCGUAACCACAAAUUGGGCGAGCGCUGGGGUGCAGAAGAGAGGGACUUGAAGGGACCCUUCCCCUUCGCUCUUGGGAGCCCAUUCGAGAUGAAGAUUCUGUGCACUCAUGAGGCAUUCAGGGUGGCAGUGAACAACAUCCCGCUGUUUGAGUUCCGACACCGUGUCAGAGAGAUCAACCAGAUUGACAGAAUCAACAUCCUGCAUGAUGUCGUCCUCACCUAUGUCAAUGUGGAGACACUUCCAUAG